AUGCUUGUUCCGCACAAUACACCUUUUAAAAUCGUUAAGCGCGGCCGAGGCCGUUCAAAAAAUCCUUUCUUUACUUUAGCUAUUACUGUUGCUGCAGCUGCGGCGGCUGCGGCGGCUAUACUACGCACUCUUAUCCUCGAAGCUUGGCUCUUUCUUUUAGACCUUUUUAUUAAGCGCUUGCUUAUGUUAACGACCGUCAAAGCUUUAAAGUGUAUUAAAUGCAUUAAUAAUAAGAUCACAUCGAAGUUUAAUAAAGACUGCUAUAAUUGCGAUACGAGCGUUAUACGCUAUUUCCGAUAUGCUAAAAGUAAUUAUAAUAACUGCACCGCUGCUUCUACCGCUACUAAUACCGCUUUCGAUAACUUCCUCGCUUUAAAUGCUGCUUUUUUAAAAAGUGCUGCUAGUAAUGCGGGCGGUCUAGCGAGUAGAAGUAGAAGUUUUGAAAGUAGUUUUGAUAGCUUUGCAAGUUUUGCUCUUGCUUUUAAGACUUUCAAUUUAAAUAUAGCUUUUGUUAAAUUGAAUAAUCUUAUAGCAGCGAACCGUAAUCCGGUGACUCGAAGCGCUUCGAGCAUAUUACCUUUUCCAGCCUUUGCGCUUGCGCUAGCCGCCCUUGUUACUCCCGUCGCUUCCGUAGCUCUCGUCGCUUCCGUAGUACUUAUUAUCGUCGCUCCACUUGCGCUAGCUAUUACGCUUGCCGCUUUCGCGGCGACGCCCGCCGUUGCUAUAACGCUUGCGGAGCGUCGAGCUAAAGUGAAAAGAUUGCUAAGAGCUUUAAUUAAUCUUUUGUUAUAA